AUGCACUCACCGGAGAAUACAGGGAGAAGCAGUGAUGGCCGCAGGCGAGGCUCCAAGCCUGGCCGCUCUGCUCCUCCUCUCCUCCUUGGCUUGGAGCUGGACAUUGGCAGGAUGGGGGUGGGGGGCAGUUGGCCAGGGGCAUCUAAGGAGCAGAGUGAGCAUGGAGGGGCCCCGGUCUGCUCUUCUGUGUGGGCGGCUCGGGUGGGCUUAAUGAGCUGCUCCAUGACCCCUGUCACCCCGCUGGACCGCCUUGGGGAGAAGGCCUGGGACAAACAGGAAGACAGGGUGACAACAAGCUUGUGCGACAUCUCAGGACGAGCACGCGACGGUCAGGAGCCUUGUGCACGCGGCCUGUGUGCGGCCUCGGGCUGGGGGCCAGUCCUGUUUCUGGUCCUGGCAUCUUGA